UCUCCAUCUCCUCUCGUUCAUGAUCUCUGUGUUUAACGAUGGAUCUCUAAGGAUGAACUCGGAAAACAUUUGGAGACGUUUCUGCUGUGAAAAUCCCAUGAGGAACUGAAGAAUCACUUUAUCCAGGAAUUAAACACACAGGAUCAUCAUGGAUCUUUCAUUUAUGGCUGCACAGCUUCCGGUGAUGAGUGGUGCAUUCAUGGAUGCGUCUCCUCUGGACGACUGCAGUACGGAGCACUCGCUCUUUAACUCCUCGGCCAGUGUGAAUGCAGCACCUCCUGCAUCAUCAGCGCCAGUCCAGCAGGAGGAGACACAACACGUGUCCAGCGACGCCGUCUGGCUUUGGAUCGCCAUCAUCGCCACCAUCGGAAACAUUGUGGUGGUCGGAGUUGUUUAUGCCUGUACUUUCUAAGGAUGGAGCAGAUAUAUAAGACUCACGGUGAAGAUGCAGUUUCAGUUCAUAUAUCUCUUUUUGUCAUUUGGAGAUGUGCAGCUCCACACAAGCACUGAGUUCAUAUAAGGACACAAACUGAAGGAUUCAGUUCACUGAAAGAACAGGACCUUCUUAAAGGGGUCAUCGGAUGCCCAUUUUCCACAGGUUGAUAUGAUUCUUUAGGGUCUUAAUGAAAAGUCUAUAAUAUAUCUUGGUUAAAAAUUCUCAACGGUAGUGUAAAACAACACCCUACCUUGUCAAAAUAAGCUCUGCAAAAC